GGAUCAUUUCUGGGACCUAUAAUGAAGCUCAGUGAGAGAGGAUUGAAGUUAUCAGCAAAGAUAGUCUACGCCAUUCUCACUAGAAGCAUCGUUUCUGUCAAGGAGAAUGAAGCCUGGUUCCAUUUCGGUGCACAGCCAAUGAGGUUCUCUAUAAGAGAAUUUCAUAUGAUGACAGGCUUGAAAUGUAGUGGUACAUUAGAAGGACCACGAAGGAAAACCGAGAGAUUUAAUUGGGAAUUGCUAAAGGGGCGUAGUCAUAAGUUAAGUGACGUGGUGGACCAGCUCAGAAACACAAGAGAAGAUGCUUCUGAGGAGAGAGUAUGCCUCGCAAUGAUCAUCCUGGUAGAGAGCAUAUUAUUGCGGAAGAGCAAAGGAGGGAGUUUUCCUUUGGAAUAUGCGAAAAAUGCACAGGAUAUGACAUAUCCAUGGGGAAAAGAGGCUUACAUUGUGCUCCUGAAGUCAAUUCAAAACGCUGUCGCGAAUCAUUUGGAGAAUAAAUCCAAAUUUGAGUUGCAAGGUUAUCCUCUAGUAUUCCUUCUUUGGAUACUAGAGUCGAUUCCUUUGCUAAGGAAUAAGUUCAGUAAGUGUGUACCAACAGUUGAGGUUCCUGGGCCGACUUACUUGUGUGAAAAAUACACUGAGGUAGAGAAUCCAUCACUUGAUAGGGUUUUACAGGUUGAAGCUGAUACAAAGCUGAAGGUCCAUUGCAUACUACCUUCUAUUCCUCAUGAUCCAGAAGAUGAUAUCUCCAUUGAAGACAAAUAUAGUGACGAGCUGGAAACAGUGAAAGAUGUAACAAAGAAAGGGUACAAGAUUACAGCCGAUGACUGGGAAAAUAGGUGUGUAGACACAUUUGACACAUUGGAUGCUCUUAUUCAAAUGAUGGCAAAUAAGGAGACUGGCCAAGCUUCUACUCCGAUUGAUGAGGAUUCAGUAAAUGAAAAAGUGAACAGGAUCAUCACGGUAAUGGAGGAGAAUCUGAAGAGCAUGAAGGAUCGAAUGUCAUUACUGGAAGAAGAAAACAUACAUCUUAGAGCUCGUGUGUCAGAGUUGGAAGGAAACAACAAUGUUUUUCCCACUAACGUGACACAAAAGCGAUCCAGUGGGACACCUUUAUCUCCAAUGUCUCACACGCAACCAUCGAGUGAGACACCUUUAUCUCCAAUGUCUCAACAGCCUAAUUUGACACAUGAGGAGACAAUGAUUGAAUCAGCUGCAUCUCCAAAGUCUCAACAAAAUGAGGAUUACACGCAACCAUCGAGUGAGACGCCUUUAUCUCCAAUGUCUCAACAGCCUAAUUUGACACAUGAGGUAUGUAACCAAUAAAAUAUUGUUGAGUUUUGAAGUAAUAUUUGGAAGCUUUUAUACAUAUUCUUGAAUGCGUUCUUGAUUUUUGGAGCAGACAAUGAAUGAAUCAGAUGAUGACACUCCUGCCCUUGAUACUCAAGUAUUCUCUCCUAAUCUGACAAAAGAGGUAUAUGCUCAAUGAUAUUGUUUUCACAGUUGGAGUUUACAAAUUAGUUUUGGGUGAUUUUUUUUUACAUAUAAAGGCUUUUCUGAUUUUUGACAGAAAGAAACAGAAACGUCUACCGAUGAGAGGCCAUCCAAUCCUAAUCAAGAUGGAAAACCAGAUGAUGAGGUAAUAUUUAUUCUAGAAAUUAUAGUUGAAUGUAUUCAUGAUGGCCAUUCCUGAUAUUUUUUUGCAGAUUGUGAGAGAGAAAUUAACAAGUGAGUCACCUGCUACUCAGAGUCAAGUUUUGCAGAAAGAAACAGUGGAAAUGAAUGAGACACCUUCUUCUCCAAUAGCUCCAAAGAGUAUUGAAACUCCCGUUUAUACUCCAAGUCAGACUCAGCAGAUUGAGAGAGAGCCAUCGGAUGACACGCCUGCCCUUGAUACUCAAGUUUUUACUCCUAAUCUGACAAAAGAGAGGGAAACACAAACCUCUACUGAUGAAACGCCACCCAAAACUAAUCAAGAAGAAGGAAAACCAGAUGAUGAGGUAAUAUUUACUCUAGAAAUUAUAAUUGAAUGUAUUCAUGAUGGCCUUUCCUGAUAUUUUUUGCAGAUUGU